AUGACAACAUAUUUCAUUCGAAACUAUAAAGAAAUUCUCAAAGCUUGUGGUGGAAUGAACAUUGAGAAACAGAUGAAGAUUUAUACAAAGAGAGAAGAUAAAUAUGUAGUUCGUUAUGAUAGAACAACACCGUUAUGGGAUGUUAUGAAAACAUUGUGGGAGUGCAAAUAUUUCGAACCUAUUUCUUAUGGAGAACUUUUCACAUAUACUACUGACUUAUAUAAACAGAACCUUGCACCAUUUAAAGAUUUGACAUAUGCUCCAAAGUAUUGUGUACAACUGAAGAAGAAAGCAGAGUCAAAAGAAGUAAAUAAAGCUAAAUGUAAAUUCAUACCUGAGCACGUUUUCUUUGCUGACUUUGAGUGUAGUACGGAUGGCUUUCAUAAAGCUUUUAACAUCUGUUAUGACAGUGAAGAUGGUUCAGUGAGUGAAAGCAUAUGGGGUCAGAACUGUGCAACAGAAUUUUUGGAACGACUUCCUGACAAGAGUUUAAUAUAUUUCCAUAACCUCAGUUAUGACAUAAACUUCAUCUUAAGACACAUGACAGAAGUGAAAGGAACUCCCAUCAUUAAAGGUUCACGAACAAUGCAAAUAACUGGUUUAUAUAAAGGACGGGCAAUUAUUAUAAAAGACUCUUACAGUGUUAUAAAUAAGAAACUUAAACUAUUUCCUGCUAUGUUUAACUUACAAACUGGUCCCAAGGAAGUAUUUCCAUACAACUACUACAGCAGUGUUUUGUUAGCAAAUGACAACAGAACUGGUGUCAUUUCUGAAGCAUGUAAGUUUAUCCAUGAUGCAGAUACAUUUAUGAAGAACAUAGAUUCCAUCAAAGGUUGCAGAAUAGAUGAAAACCACUUCGACUUAGAAAAAUAUAGCACGUUUUACUGCAAACAAGAUGUAAGAAUUUUAAGAGAAGGUUUUGUAAAGUUCCGCAAUGACUUAUUGAAAGAGUUUGAUUUAAACGUUUAUGACUACGUUAGUAUUUGUUCUAUUGCUAACAAAUUGUUUGAGAACAGAGUAUACUUCCCGAAUGGAAAUCUUUAUGACCUCUCAAAUAAACCAAGAGAAUUUAUUUCGAGAUGCAUUCAAGGUGGAAGAUGUAUGUUGUCAGAUAACAUGAAACAAAAGAGCAAAAAGAAACUCAUUGCUGACUUCGACACUGUUUCAUUAUAUCCUUCAGCUAUAGCAAGACUUUAUACUUUAGAAG